CUGGUCUCUACGCUUUAGACACCCGACGAUAACUCUACGGGGCCUUGGAUGACUGACAAGCACCUCCAUAGCGUCUCUGCUCUUACCACAUCGUUCGGGCCACAGCCAUGGCUGGUUUUGGUGAUGCCCCUUAUAUCGAGAAACUCGCCAUCCCCGCUGUCUCUCUUCUCGUGAUCUUUCUGGGCUACUCCUCCCAAUAUCUCUUCCACACCGCAGAAGACUUGGAACCCGGCCCGCUCUCCCGCCGCGAGUCUAUCAUCUUCAAUACCCUCUUGUGCUGCAUCUGGUACACCUACUACAAGACUUGCACCGUCGACCCAGGUCGCUACGUCUUCCCUUCCCUCCCUUCCCUCCCUUCCCGUGCCGACCAAAAGCCCCAAAAGCCCGCCACCGAUGGCCGUAACGACGACGAACAAGACGACGAACGACGCCGCGAGGAACUGAGCAGGAGAAUAAACGCCAAUCCGAACCACUACGCAAGGUGGUGCCGCAAGUGCGAGGCCCCGAAACCCCCUCGCGCGCACCACUGCCGCACCUGCGCCCGCUGCAUCCCCAGGAUGGACCACCACUGCCCCUGGACCACCAACUGCGUCUCCCUCACCACCUUCCCGCACUUCCUCCGCUUCCUCUCCUACACCAACCUGAGUCUCUGGUACCUCGCCCGCCUCCUCUUCGCCCGCUUCGCCGCUCUUUGGCGCGUCCGCCACCUCCCCUCCUACCUCGGCCCGUCCCUCGCCUCCCUCGUCCACCUGUCCCUCCUCGCCGGCGUCGCCUUCUUCGCCUCCUUCGCCCUUGGACUCUUGCUCUUCUCCACUGCGCGCGGCUGGCUCUUGAACACGACCAGUAUUGAAGGGUGGGAGAUGGAGCGGCACGAGGAGCUGCUUCGUCGUCGGGGCCGGCGGAAGGAACAUUGGUGGGGAGACGAGGACGAGAAGAAGGAGGAAGACGAUGCCGAGGACGAGGACGAGGACGAUGAUGACUACAACGACGGCGGACCCCGCGAGCGCAUCGAGUUCCCCUACGACCUCGGCUUCUUCGAAAACCUGAGCCAGGCCAUGGGCACGCGCAACGUCCUGGCCUGGCCUUUGCCCUGGGCGGGGAACCCCGUCAUCGCCCCGACCGAGGGGAAGGGCGUCGGGUGGGAAUGGGAGGAGAACGGGUUCAACCGGCGGGAGGGCCUCUGGCCGCCGCCCGACCCGGAAAAAUUGCGCACACAAUGGCCUGCCCGAGCGGAUCCUGCCCGGGACGGAGCCGUACUACCGACGUACGCGAGCACGGAGGAACAAGUUGCUGCCUUCCGCCGCCGACAGGAGGCCGACCUGCGGCGGUGGCGGGGGAACCGGUCUAAACUCAUGGCCGAACUGGAAGAGGUGGGAGCAGAACACGAUGAUCUUCCGAGGCGGAACAAGCACGACAAAAGGGAGGUGAAGGCCAGGGCAGGAUGGGCGAAUUCGGACGGCGAAACGCUGCGCGACUACGGCGUCGAUGAGGAGACGGAGACGGACGACCAGCAACAGCAACAGCGACAAACCACGGAGCGCGCAGACGAUGAUGUGCCCCUUGCGGAGCUCCUGCGAAGGAGGAAGGUCCCAGUUAAGGAUGCCGAGGGGUCAAGGCAUUCUAUUCUGGAAAGACAACUUUCCCAACCAGCCCGUCCACACGCUUUUGUAACCCAGCGCCCCAGCUACGACGGGAGCAGCAAGAAGAACACACACACACAAGACACGCCAUCAAAUUCCAGAGGCGAGUCGUUCCCCAUCCUCGAAGCGAUACCAGCACCACUUCUCGUCGCAUCGAUGACUGAGCCAAAAUCCGUGGCGCGGGUCUUUCAGAAGAGAUAGGGACGCAUCUGACUCGUGGUCGAUGAAGCGCGAUGAAGCGCCGAGGGAGUUUCUCGUCAGACAAUGGCACAACAUCAUUGUCGUUCGACCACGCCGAGCGUAUGCUGUUAGGGGCAAAGAAGAAGAAAUGAGGAAUGGAAGAUGAGAAAGAUGAGAAUAAAAAAGACAGCUGUCGGCCGUAGUCAUGCCGUUCAUCAAGUCCGCCUGGCCGCUUACAUCGGAUGCGGAAAAAAGAAUACCCGGAAAAAA